AUGGACGCGGCCAGCUUGCACGACUGUCUCCGCAGCAAACUCGACAAUCUUGAAGCCAGGCUCGAGACGCACCGCCAGAAUUUAUUAGGCGAAUUCCACCGGCACUACCUUGAAUUGACGCGCAUGGCUGCCCCAUCCGCCGUUGCAAGCAUGCGAGAUAAGCUCGGAGCUACUCUUGAUGAUUAUAAAGUGCUGCGUCCGAGCCUUCCUCCGCAUCCGCCCGCGUCGCCGCCGCCAGCGCCAGCACCAGCACCAGCAGCGCCUGAGCCCGCCGCUGUGCCAGCUGAGUCACCUCGGCCGCCAUUCAGCGACAAUAACCCCGAGACGACGACCACGUUCCAAACUCUAUCGCUAGCGCCGAAAUCUGCCGACUCCGGCUAUCCAGAUGCUCCAGGCAGCCCACGCGACCGUGAUCACGAGCUACAGGGUCUUUUUACGCCAAGCUACCUCCCGCUACUGGCAGCUUCUCACAUACCUACGGACGACACACCACUCUCGCCUACAACGAAGAAUCCUGCCCUUAAUUCUCACGAGUCCUCUGUCGCGGCCGGUGGCCCAAACACCGCCGACACCGAGUGGUUGCCUGUUACCAUGAGCAGCACCCGCGACAGCGCGACAAUAACCAGCAUGGGCCAAUCUGCCGACGAGGACCGGUUCCCCGGUCGGUUAACGACACCACCUCGGCAUCGGCCGAGUGAAAGUGAGCCGGGUGAUGCUGUGACGGCCGAAGAAGCAAACUCGUCAGCAUCAUCUGACAAGAGCGACAACAAAGCUCCCCGCAGUGCCUUGCGAAGAUCUUCCAGCAUAAAUAAAACGCCGCAGAGCCCUAGACGUGUCCGGUUUGAGUUUAUGGGUGCUGAAUUCUUGCCCACUGCGUCUCCGCAACCCAGCGAUACCAUGAUGCCGCAGUCAGCAUCACCACUGUGGGAGAGCGAAAACGUCACAGCCGACUCGGUCCUGGGACAGGAUGCCGAUGACUUGGGGCCGCCGCCCAAAAAGAUCUCUUCAUCGGAUGCUCUUAGGGCUCUAUCAAGAGAGCCAUUGGAGGAGGACACGGUAUGGACUGUGGUCAAUCCCGACUCGGAUCUCGUCACGAAUAAAAUGCGACAAGUAGACUUGGACAAACAACCAGCAACCUUCGAACUCGGUAUGCAGCAGCAUCGGCAGGAGCUCAGCAACGAUGAAAAGGUAGUGGAUGAUGACGUACUGGACAUGAAGACGGCGAAAGCUACGACUCUCCUUGGCAACUCACCCACCAUUUUCAGCAAAGAGCCACCAAAGAACAAGGCGCCUGUCAAUGACACUGAGAUUCGCGAUGAUGACGACGACAUGUUCCAGUUCGAAGAUGAGGGCGGUACAACACCGUUGUCACAACGGUCACUGGUGCCUGGAGAUGCAGACGAACAGAGCGACGACGAAAUUGCAGCCGCCACAUUCGUCUCUAGCAAGGGGCUCGACGCUUUGCGCUCGCCUACUACCGUUGCUCCCGCCCCUGUACCAGCCCCCAAGCCCGAGGCUGCUGCGGAGCCAACCACGCCGACCACGCCGCGCUUCCACGUCGGCUCGGUCGGCUCCUAUAAGGGCCGCUCCAUUAUGAUGCCCGUCGUCAAGAGCCCCGAGAUACACGCCAAGGCUGCCGCCAUUGGCAACUUCAACUCGUUUGUCGGCGGCCUCGACGGCACCAGCGGAAUGGACGCUGCCGACCUGAGCAGCUACAGAGCCAGUUUUAUGCGAGAUGGCUUCAGCGGCACGCCGCGAAGCUUUACCGAGCGGCUGAUGAUGGAGGACAUGGAAGCAGAGAGGCUGGCGGAGGGAGCGAGCCAGCAGCCCUAG